AUGGUCAAUCGACAAGUUAGACGGGAGCAAUUGGAGUACUUGGAAGUUUCAAAUGAAGCAUUUGCUGUUGGCGAAAGGGCUGUGGGUUUCGUAGACGGUUCGGAAGAGCUAGCAGGGUCAGCUUCGGGAGAAACGGCGGCACAAUUUCGUUCGAAAGCGCAAAGGGCGUUCUCAACAAUUGUUUUAGCAAUUAAAUCAGCUCAGCUAUAUUUGGUUAGCUCAUGUGAAAAUCCGAAGCAAGCGUGGGAUGCACUAAAGAAUCAUUUUGAGCGAGAUACGUUGGCGAACAAACUGUUUUUAAAGAAAAAGUAUUUCCGAACGGAGAUGAUAGAAGGAACUUCUAUGGAGAAACAUUUGAAACACAUGAAGGACAUCGCGGAUAAAUUGGCAGCUAUCGGUGCACCUAUCUCUGAAGAGGAUCAAGUUGUGACUUUAUUAGGAAGUUUGCCGAGAAGUUAUGCAACUCUUGUAACUGCUUUAGAAGCCAGAGUUGCUGGUGGCCCAUAA